GGGGGGGGGGGGGCUCGCCCAUGUUGCCAUGAGACAUCUGAAUGGGCCGCCUUUGCGCUGAUGAGCCGCCGUUCAUACGCUGAUAGUGCCGCGUGACCGUCCGGGCCAUCAAUUUCUGAGGAGGGGAGGCAAGUGGACGGACGUGCUUGCCGGGAGUUAGCCCUAGGUGGAUGUCGAUUUCUCAAAGAGCGUCUGCCGGGAUCUGCUCACAGCAUAAACUCAGCCGGUAAGAGACUGUAUUUGCCACCCAAGUAGUGACCUCCUGAGCUCAUGGUUAAGUCUCGUUAAUGGCCUCUUGUGUUUUUUCUCUCAGUUUUUAUUGAUUUUUUACUCUGUUCCUUGUAUUGGGAAAAAUAGCAAAUGAGUGGAGAAUUAAGUACAUUUUUUUGCGGCCACCAAAGCAUUAUAAAUAUUUGGUUGAUGAAUGACCAUGAUUAUAGAAUUUCACCAGAGUGCUGGACUUCAGUCUCUGGAGUCAUGAUAUCUUGUGUGGAAAUGGCUGGUAACAGGUCUUUACUUCACUGUCAUCUCUUUUCCAGUGUGGGAUAUUUGUCUUGUGUCUUAUUAAUCCCCUAAUAAGAUAAUUGGUUAAAAAGUGGAACGGACUGAUAUCAGUCUGUACUGCUACAUUGUGAAUCGAGGCAGAUCACAGCCUAGAUGGGACUGAUGAGGGGUUUAGGUUUUCUGGACACAGUCACCCCCUCUCGUUUGCCUAUUUGGGGGAAGAUAUUUAAUUCAAUUCAAAUCAUUUUUAUGUAGCGCCUUUCACAACAGUGGCACCCAAAGGCGCUUUACACGGGUGUAUUGUGAUACUUUACAACAUCAGAUAUAAUUAAUGAGAAGAAUAAAUGAGGGAUUGUGUAAAAUAAAAGUGCCACUGUGGUUGUACCAAGGGCAAGGUACAAAAGGCAAGCUGGAUCCAGUAGAAUCUCCAUGUUUAUUACCUCAUGGUGAUGAUGAUGAUGAUGAUGAUGAUGAUAAUAAUAAUCCUAUAUGUUUUCAGGGGCUCUUGGCAGAUCUUCUCUCCCAUUUCCCCAGCAGCUCGGAACCAGAACCUGGGCAGGCCGCGUAGCCCCGCACGAUCCGGAUCGCGGCCCCACCAUGCACAACUCCACGUGGUUGGAGGGUGUGCGGCACUGGAACAUGGAUCUCUUCCUGAUCCCGGCGGUAACACUCACCGCCUUGACGCUGGCGGCCGACUCGCUGCUGCUGGCCUGCAUCCUCUGCUCCCGCGCCCUGCGCCGCGAGACGCGCUACCUGCUGCUGGCCAACGCGCUGGCGGCCGACACGGUCUUCCUGGCGUUCAACAUGGCCGUGGUGAGCUGCAACGCGCUGGGGGCCGGCGUGCCGCGCCUGGCCUGCGAGCUGCUCACCGCCGCCUCCAUCACCGCCUACUGCUGCGGCAUCCUCAGCAUCACGCUCAUGGUGCUCGACACCUACGUCGCUGUCCGCUGGCCUCUGCACUACCAGCGCCUCCUGUCCCCGGCCCGCACCCGACGCAUCCUCCUGGGGACCUGGAUCCUGUCCACCAUGUACCCGGCGUCCCAGGUCAUCGUCAUGGAGGUUACGCAAAGCGCCGUGCCGUGGGACCACACACCCUGUCUGUUUGUGACCCUCCUGGGCUCGGCCAGUGGCAACAUGAUGGUGGGCAUCCACAUGUACUGCUCUGUGGGAGUGAUCCUCUGUGGGAGCCUCAUCGUCUACUUCUACGCUCGGCUGUACGUCAUCACCAGGACGUCGGGCAUCUGGCGCAGCCGGUACUCCCGCGCGCGGGUCACCCUGCUGGCGCACGCCACCAUGCUCCUGCUCCACUUCGGGCCCGGCCUGGUCUUCUCCGUGGAGCUGACGCUCUUCCAAAGCCGCACGCUGGGCCAUCGGCAGCUGCUGCUGAUGAACAUGCUCAACACCCACCUCCUGACGCUGUUGCCCAGGGCCGGCGCCCCCUAUCUGUACGGCCUCCGCUACCGCGACAUCAGCGACACUCUCCUGAAUCUUUUCCGGGGACGGAGUCAGGUGACGGUGGCUUAGGCCCGCCCACAAAGCGGCUUUCCAGGGA